AAAAUUACUGUGGUUGUGGAAUGUUGUUUCUUUGUAAGAUGUUUGUGAGAUGUAUAGAAAUUUGUUAGUUGUAUUGAGAAAGAUGUAAAACAGUAAAAUGGUAUGAAAACAGUGGUAAUGAUAUCUGAUACCGUAUGUAAGUAUAGAAUUUGAAGUGUAAGAAAGAUUGGCAAAAUUUUUAGUAUUUUUUAUUGUAUGCUGUAGCACAGAUAGAAAAAAUAUUGUUUACAGGUCCUUUACAAGAUUUCUUGCCUGCUGUGUGACGUCUGUACGUUAUUUUGUUGAUGCGACAUUCACUGCAAACAAAGAGGGUUUUUAUUAGAAGACAAUGCUUGUAAUCUGAUUUGUACUCAAGUUACCACAUACUUGUCCAAUACUAGAUGUUUUAAAAAUAACUCAGGAUAAACUUAGAACUGUCUGUGACCUUGCAGCUAAGUUAAGAAACUUGAGUAUUUUUUUUACGAUAAGCAGGUGGGAAAGGAAGUAGAUAUUGAGCCAACAAACAAUAGAAGUUGAAAGAAAACAAGAUUACUAGUAAAUAGUUCUACAACUCGUGUACUUUUGGUUGAUGAGGGGAUAUACUACUAAUUAUAUGAGGAUAAACGAGCUUCGUGAUCUUUUCAUGUAGAAAUUUAGAUUCAAAAUAUAUGGUUCAAUGAAAUGAUAGCUGGAGUGGUGCUAUAGCAGGAAAUCCAUGGGACAGUUUUUGUUAGUAUUUCGUUUGCAAAACAAGGAAAUAUAGUUUUUAAUUGUCAGUUAAGAAAGUGCGCAGUAUGGGUUUGGCCUGACAGUCACGUAAUGAGAAUGUUUGACAAAUGUCUACUUGAAUACAUAGACUGUGUUUUUUUUUAAUAUGAAGAAGUGUCACUGACAUGACAUUCUUGAAAACUUGAUGAUAAUAUCUAGCGGUCAGAAAAUGUAGAAGAUUCUUUUAUUAAGGGAGUAUUAUAAUAUAAAUAAUGUAUUUUAUUCCUUUCCUGUGUAAUCUGUUAAGUGGUGGUUUGUAGUGGGUGGGUGUGUGGGUGGCUGCUAUUGCUGUGAAAUAGGUCAGUGAAUGUUGGUAUAAAUGAUGACUAAAAACCUGCAUAUGGCAGGCUGGGUGGUUGGAAUCUGUUAGAUCAAAUAGUGAAAUUUGGUGGUUAUCGUUUGGUUUGAUGGUUGUCCGAUCUCAGCAGACCAGCGCCACAUAAUGGAAUGGAGGUUCUAUCAAGGGAAAAUACUCAUUGUUGAUGUUAGUCACUCUCAGGAGGGUGAGGAUGAGGAAGAAGAAUUGGAGGAAGAGAAUCUUGAGGUACCAGCUCAGCAGGAGGACAUGGACAAGGCUGAUGUUCUGGAUGAAGUGCCUCCCUUGACUGCAGAAGAACACAAUCAGCCAACCCUUACCUCUGAAGAGGAGGACAGACUACUGGCAGAUGGGGUGCCCCAAAAAGAAGACCAAGGUGAAUCUGUUGCUGUGUCCAUCUCAGCAAAUCAGCCAGCAACUGAUUCUAGCACAAUGGACUCCUCAGCGCCUAAAGUCGAGGAGCUGCAGGGGACUGAAGCCCCUAAGACUGAGGCCAAUGGUGUGGCACCAGUGUCGGAAUCCCCCACAGAAACUCAGCCAUCAGCAGCAGACACCCAGCAGCCUGUGUCCAUGCUGAAGCCAGAGGAACUUCCCUAUGCUGACCAGGGUCAGGCUGCUGCUCCUCCAACACCCACCAGUGUGCCAGUAUGGGGCGCCCUCACAGUAGAGGACACAAUCAAAAUGAGCUCCAAAGAAAGCAAAGGUGAAGAUGAUAUUUCUUUGAUAGUGAAUGUGGAUGACACCGAAAAUAACUUGGAUUAUGAUAUUGAAGCCACUCCAGCCAAGAAACCCAAGUUGGAAGAGGAAACUAUUGGGGAGGUUAUGGACACCAGUGCAGUGAAUACUUCCCAGGAUUCCUCUGCACAGGAAGUAGAACCUAAAAAGGAGACUGGGGACCAAAGUAUGGAAGUAGAUAAUGGGAAUGCAAAGUCAGCUGAGGAAAAAAUUGAAGAGGCCAAGAAGGAAGAAAGUAAAGGAGAGGAUAAGAAAAGAGAGGACAAGAAAGAGGAUGACAAAAAAGAUUCGAAGACCAAGAGUUCUUCUGCUGCUUCUAAGGAUACAAAGUCUGAUGGCAAGGAUCGAAAAGAGUCUCACAGUCGCAGCAGCAGCAGCAGUAGUAGCAGUAAGAACCUGUGGGUCAGUGGCCUGUCCCAGUCCACCAAAGCUACUGAUCUGAAAUCUCUUUUUAGCAAACAUGGAAAGGUUGCUGGUGCCAAGAUUGUCACUAAUGCCCGUCGUCCUGGCUCACGCUGCUUUGGUUUUGUUACCAUGUCAACAGUGGACGAGGCCUUGAAGUGCAUCCAUAAUUUACACAGGACAGAAUUGCACGGGAAGAUCAUUUCUGUAGAAAGGGCAAAGAAUGAUCCUUCCAACCCCUCUAGUAGCAGAUCCAGGACAGGGUCUGUCAGUGAUAAGAAAACAGACUCAAAGAAAGAUGAAAAAAGAACUGAACCAAAAAAAGAGGAAAGGGACAAAAAGGAAGAGAAAAAGACAGAGGACAAAGAAGGAGAAAAGAAAGAGGAUAAAAAAGAAGAAAAGGAUGAUAAAAAGGAAGAGAAGAAGGAUGAGAAAAAGGAUGAGAAGCGAACCGAACGCAAGCGCGAUGAUCAUCACAGAAGAGACAGUGACCAUCAUCGACCAGGAAGUCGUAGAGACAGUCGUAGUGGACCACAUCGUUCCUCUUCCAAUACCACCCCUACUUCAAAGAGAAAGUCCUCAGAUAAGACCAGCAGUGAAACCAAAGCAGAAGGGGACAAGGAAAAGAAAGAGGAGAAGGAGGAAAAGAAAACUGAAGGAGUGGGAAAAGAUAAAGAAGAGAAGGUAGAGACAGAGAAGAAGGAAGGCGAAAAAAGUGAUGACAAGAAGACAUCCAGCACUAGAUCUAAGAGUCAAGACACAAAUAGGAGUAGAAGAGAAGGAAGCAAAAAGAAGGAUGAAUUGCUGUCUUUUGAAAGAAUAAAAGAGGAACGAGAGCGUGAACGUUUGCGCCAGAGAGAACGAGCUCUGAGGGAGGAAGAGAGGAGGAGAAGGAUCCAGGCAUCCAGGGACAGAGAUCGCAUGAGGGAUGUAGAACGCAAGCAGAGAGAAGAAGCAGAGAGACUUCAGAGGGAGAGAAUGCAGCUGAGGUUGGAACGCGAAAGAAUAGAGAAAGAAAAAAUAGAACAACUAAGGCUUCUGGAACAAGAACGUCAUGAGCGUGAAAGACUUGAACGUCUUGAAAGAGAGAGAGAAAGACGGCUAUUAGAACAGAGAAGGUUAGAUGAUAGAAGACCUCCCAAAAGACCCUUUGAGCCAAGAGGUCCAGCUAACCGUGAUGACCCUCCUCACUGGGACUCCAAGAGGCCAUCCCUCCAUGACCCUCCACCAGCCACAGCUGGGGUACCACCCUCAGGCCCUGGGCGUUUUGACUCCCGCACUGGGGGAAACUUCCCUGCUCCUACCAGGUAUGGGGACUUUGACCACAGAGACAGAGGGGGUCCCAUUGCUGCACCUGGUGGAGGCCGCAGUGGGUUUGAAGAGGCCCAGUCACCAACAGAAAUAUUCCCAAGACGUGUGGAACGCUAUGACAGAAGGGAUGGUCGCCCCUUGGACAGCUCCAGGCCUGCAGCACCCUCAUCUCGCCAUGAGGCUUCCGGCAGAGCUCCCAUGGCAACGGCUGGUCGCUAUGAAGAUGCCAGGAGAGAAGAACCUAGGAGGGAAGUAGUGGCUAGGAGAGAGGUAGCACCCUCUGGUAGAGAUAGAGAUGAAAGAAGGGUGGAAGAAAGGAGCCGACCUGACGAUAGGUUUGACAGUAGAUACCCAGACCGUGGUGGAUCUGGCCAUGAACGCAGGGACUCCCAACCAAGCAAUCGGGAUGCACCUCCAGCACGAGGGCGAGAACCUGUACAAGAGCGUGGAGGUCUGCAUGCCAGCAGAGACAGACCGUCCAGAGAUUCAGCCCGUGGUGCGCCGGUACGGGGCUCUCCCGUUCAUAGGCAGGACACCAGAGCUGAGUGGAAGUCUGAGAGAGGGGCCAUACAGCAGCAGGAGAGGCGAGGAGUGCAGGACAGUCAUAGGGAUAGGUACCAAGAUACAGACCAGCGAGGCGGAGAUCGUGGGGGUUAUGGAGAACAGCGUGGUGGUCGUGAUGGGUGGCACGGAGGCAGUGGAAUGUCCGACAACCGCAGCAAGUCAGCAACAGGUGGACCAAUGGGCGGCUCCUCAGCUCCCUCCACCUAUAGAGCCAACCACAGGCAACCUAACCGGCAAGACAAAGGCAUGUCUAGCGUAGGCGGAGGAUCCAGUGGACGUAACCAGUGGAGUGGAAGUGACCGCAGCACAGCCAAAAUGGAGACUGCCUGGCCACCAGCUAAUGUUCUCCCAGACCAAGGGUUAAACCGUCAAGUGGAGAGGUGGCCCACUCCCCAGUUACAGCAGCAGCAUAUGGCCACCCAGCCCACAGCCAUCCCAGUGUCCAGUAUGGGUCAACCAGCUCUUAUCCAGACCCCUCAGGCCAGCAUGUUCCUGGGGGCUGCAGCUAAUCUAAUGAUGAAUGCAGGUGCUUUUGCUCCCACCCGCUCCCAGGACAACAGGUUCGAUGCCUACAGGAACAUCAGUGGGGGCAACGUCAGAAGAUACUAAUGUGUAUAUGACAGACUGUUUAUGACUGUUUUUUAUAAAAGGUUUGUGGCGUUCACAUGCCUGUGAAAGAGUCCUUCCCACAGGAAAAGGAGGGUAACUUUCUAACAUGAGCCAAUUGAGGAGAUUCAAAACAUAGUGAAAAUGCUUGGCAUGGUGAUUUAUUGAAGUCCCUUUUUUAUAAGGAUUAGUGGUAUUCACAUAUUUGGUUAAAAAUGUCCUUCCCUCAGGAAAUGGAAGAAAACUUUCUGUUGAAAGAAUGUCAGAACAGCACAUGGCACAAUGGAAGUGAAUUACUGUUACAACUAUGCCGAUGUUUUAAAUGACCAGGACUAAAUGUAAAAAUUUUUUAAGCCAUCUUUUUAUUGAAAUAUGGCAAGUUCUUUUAUAUGUUGGACAUUAUGGUGUAUUUUAAUACAUCCACACAUCACAGUGUCCACUGGUAUGGUGUUAAGAUUCCAGAUGCCACAGAGAUGUAUAUUUUUAGUAUAUAUCUAUCACCCCAUAAAGGGAUACACAAAUUUCAAGUUGAUAAUGAUUACAAACAGUUCUGCAAGCUAUUCUGUUACACUUUGAAGAUUGAUUUACCCAUCCAUUGAUGUUUUUCUAUUUCUGUGACACAUUUGUGGUUAGUGUGACCCAAGUUUGUCACAAUGUUGUCAGGAAGUUGAUCCAAAUGAGAAGGAAUCUUACAUUUAUAUUGUUUGUAAGAUGUUACUUUAUAGAAUUGUAGAUAGACAUAAUUUGGCAGUAAGAUUGUGCAAUCUUUCCUGAGGAAUAAAUUGAUAUCCUUUA